AAUGCGCACUGCGCAUGCGUCGCGUGUACUGCUGAGGCACUGUGGGAAACGUGAUGACAUCAUGGUCUGGAAGAAUGGCCACGGCGCAGUCAACACUGAUGUUCGCAGUGUGCAUCUUAAUGAUAACAGAACUCAUAUUGGCCAGAAAGGACUACUACGACAUUCUCGGGGUCCCAAAAGAUGCUUCUGAGCGUCAGAUUAAAAAAGCUUUUCACAAGCUUGCCAUGAAAUAUCACCCAGACAAGAACAAGAGCCCUGAUGCAGAAACAAAAUUUCAAAAGAUUGCAGAAGCGUAUGAAACUCUAUCAGACGAGAAGAGAAGACGAGAAUAUGACCAAUUACAACACAAUCCAUAUACUAAUGAAGGCAUGAAUGGAGGAGGAGGUGGAAAGCAUUAUAAUUCCUUUGAUUUCAACUUCGACGACAUGUUCAGAGACUUUGACUUUGACAGCCAAAACAGGCACUCUCGUCCAAAACGGCAUUUCGACGAGCACUUCAGGGCUCACCAGCAAUCACACAACCGCCACAAGAGACACUUUCAGGGUACUUUUGGCACCGGAGUCUUCGAAGACGUGUUUGAAGACAUGGAGAAGAUGUUUACAUUUGACAGACACAUUAAAAGGACUGAGAGCAGAUUUCAGGGCACAGCCAAACAGCACUGCAGAACAGUGACCCAGCGGAGAGGGAAUAUGGUGACUACUUACACUGACUGCACCUCAUCUUGAGUGGACAACAGCUCUGAAGAUCAUGCUGCUUUUUAUUUUUGUUUUUAAAGGAAUAUUUCAGGUUCAGUACAAGUUAAGCUCAAUUGACAGCAUUUGGUGCAUAAUAUUGAAUACCACAAAAAAAUGAUUUCACCUUGUCCCUCCUUUUCUUAAAAAAAAGAAAAAUUUGUCUUCCAGAAAGGCACUUACAAUGAAAGUGAAUGGGGCCAAUAAACCUUAAAAUACUGUUUCAAAUGUUUAGAUGCAAGAUAUAAACAAUUUUUGUUAAGUUAUGUUAAAAUGAUUUUAGUCUGAUAAAAUCGCUUGCUAACCUUUUCUGUGUAAAGUUACAGCCAAUUGAUUUAGUAACAGUUGAAGUAACCUUGAUUUUUGCUUCUUUUAAAGAAAAAGAAAGACGAGUUGAAAUAUCCUGUUGUGGUAAUCAACAUUAUGUCACAAAUGCUGUCAAUUGAGCUUAACUUUUAUUUAACCCAGAAUAUUCUUUUAAUUUGCUGCUGUGAUGCGUGGGGUUUGAUUUUAUCUGUGAGUGAUCUGUUAUUUAUGACGAGGAAGCAUUUGGAGUUUUCUGUUUGUUUGUUUGUUUGUUUGAUUGACAUUUAUAAUUGACACUAUUUUAGAUCGCAUACGACCUCUUAAUUGCCUCAAAACAAACUCUAAAUUCAGGCUUUUUUGAGUUUGUUUUCAUCCCAAAAGAUGCAAAAUAUUACUGUUGGAUGCUUAAAUUUAAAGAUUAGUCAUUAACUUGUUAAUUACAUCCCAUAUUCAAUAAUCUAAAACCUAAAAGAGGGAGUUGUGACCCCCUUAAAUUAGUUAGUAUAUAUGUUUAAAUUGCACUUUCUUGCCCGUAUAAACUAUUAUAUGCACAGAAAUGAACUAAAUUCACUUAAAUCACUAGUUAUUACACUAGUUAUACAGCCUGUUAUUAAAUGAAUAUUCCGUGUUCAAUACCAGUUAAAGUCAAUUAACAGCAUUUGUGGCAUAAUAUUAAUUUUCCAAAAAAUAAUAAUGAUAAUUUAGUCUCCCGUUUUCUUUAAAAAAGCAAAUAUCUGGGUUCAGUGAGGCACUUACAAUGGAAGUGAAUGGGGCAAUCCGUAAAUGUUAAAAUACUCACUAUUUCGAAAGUAAAACCACAAGACAUAAACAAAAUGCAUGUUAACAUGAAUUAAGUGUGCUAAAAUCACGUACUAACCUUUUCUGUGCAAAGUGAGCCAAUUUUACAACUUCGUUGCCAUGACGAUGUAAUGUCAACAACCCCUAAAACGACAGUAAAAAUGACAAUUUAAACAAAUGAACAGUUCAAAUAAUGCACUAGUUUUAAUAGAAGAAAUAAUAAGUGCAUUUAUAAAAUUAUAAGCUUCACAUUUCUGCCUUUAAACCCUCCAAUAAUUGGCCCAUUCAUUCAUAACUAAAUUUUUUUAAAGAAAAGGAGGGGUGAGUCGAAAUAAUUUUUUGUGGUAAUCAACAUUUUGCCACAAAUGCUGUCGAUUGAGUUUAACUUGUAUUGAACCUGGAAUAUUCCUUUAAAAAAAAUAAACUUUUGUUAUGUGUGUAAUUGCUGAAUCGUGACAAAUAGCAUCAAUCAGACCACCUAGCUCUUCCAUUACCUAUCUACUUAUUUAGGUGCUAAAUGUUCACAAUAUGACACUUUGAGAUUCAAAUCUUCACAAACAUCUGCUCUUUUAUUUUUAUGUGAAGCUAAACGAAUGUUUGCUGCAUUGCUGUGAAUAAUAUAGUUUGCUAUAUUGAAACUGUUUCUUUCAAACUCACUCUUGUUAGAUAGAGAGGUGCCUUUCCCACUCAUUGUGGUAGAUUCAGUUUUAAUGUAAACAGAUUGGAGCACUUUUAUGACCUUGUGUGUAUUAUAGUUUGCAUGACUGAGAGAAAUAGGGUUUAAGAUUUGUCAAGAACAUCAGAUGUCCAGUUGGGUUUGUAAAGAACUUUUGUUUGAAGGAAGAAAAACAAGUCUGAAAUUUUUUUUGUUGUUGUUGUAUUUUAAACAAACUCUCGAAUGUUCAUGAGCUUUCAUCAUUCUGGUUGACUUGUUAUAUUAACGGCAAUGUUACCCCUCAAAUAAUAACAGACACCAGGGGAAUGCACCAACUUAGCAUUUGCCUGAAAAUGUACAGACUUGUAAAUACAGUUGAUUCCUGACAUACAUGGACCAUUCAAAUAAUUUUUUGUAAAUAAUAUGCAUAGCCCAGCUUUGUUCCUGUAUGACAUCACCUGUGACCUCAAAUAUUGUGUUGAAUAAUCUUGUGUGCAAUAUUUCAAGGCAGCUCUCCUGUUGGUCUAACUGUUACCCGCUGUCAUAGUUGUUAUGAGUUGAGUCUCAACCAACUCAUCAGGCACUUUCUAUAUUUUAAUCCUAUGGAUGAAAAGUAAAUCUGAAAUAGCCUAUUUGAACCCACAUGUAUAAUGUAAUGUA